CGUCAGCGUGCUGCCAACUGUGCGGCGUUUGAGAGACUUCCUGUUCUUUUAGGACCCGCUCGUCGCCGGCGUACGGUGUGUUUACGUGACACAGGCAAAACCGUAGACCGUAGGAAAACGUCCCAACACGAUGGUUCGUAUCAGUGUGCUGGCCGAUGCACUGAAGUGCAUCAACAACGCAGAGAAGCGCGGCAAGCGCCAGGUGCUAAUCCGGCCGAAUUCGAAGGUCGUUAUCAAGUUUCUCACCGUGAUGAUGAAGCACGGAUACAUCGGAGAGUUCGAGGUCGUCGACGACCACCGUAGCGGCAAGGUGGUGGUGAACCUAACCGGACGCCUCAACAAGGCCGGCAUCAUUUCGCCGCGCUUCGACGUCAAGCUGAACGAUGUCGAACGGUGGACCAACGAUUUGCUUCCCUCGCGUCAGUUUGGAUACGUGGUGCUCACCACCAGCGGCGGUAUCAUGGACCAUGAAGAAGCGAGGCGCAAGCAUCUCGGAGGCAAAAUUCUGGGAUACUUCUUUUAAAUCAAACCCCCAACCGGUGGCAGCAUGCAAACAAAACCAACAAUACAACACAGCAACAGUAGCAGCAGCAGCAAACAAUGGUGGGCAAUCAAACACUCGUGCUACGUCAGUUUUUUUUGUUUUCGUACCAAUUUUCACAGAGUGCAGACAAAGUUAAGUUAAAAAUUUGAAAGUGCGCUGAAAUACAAAACAUUCAUUGUAAAACCCGCGAAAAGAGUGAAGUAUCAAAUAUGUUCUCAUCGUCUCGGAGUUCGUUUUCGAAAGAGAAAAGAAAACGUCUUGAAUUUAAUGUUGCGCUGCUGUACCUGCUGCAUGUGUGCUUCGAUAUCACGAGUUGAUCGGGCAAUGCACAACAAUUGUACAACUUGUGUGCAGGGUUGGCGGCGACUGUUGGUUUCAACCAUACACAUUCACAUUCAUGUACAUAAAAUGAAUGAUUUAACAUAUUUUAAUUUGAACAGCUUGUCGCGUUGGCGGGAACACAGCAUGAUCGUGUUGUGUGCGAACAACAGAACUGAACAUGAGCUUCCCCAAAUCCCGACCGAUGACCUCUAGGAAGCUGUGUUUUCUUAAACCUCGUUCAUAGAACAAUGAAGUCCUGUAACGUAACGUAAUGAAAAUAAAACGCACAUUGUUUUAAUGCUCCA